ACAUCAUCGCAAAAUCACAACCAAUACCAGACUUCCUCCCUUGUUGCAGCCUCCACUCCACUCAACCUGCGUCCACAUCCACAUAUCAAGAGGGAGGCUCUAACAUCGCCAACAAAAUGGCCGCCAAUACUAAUGGUGAUGCAGCUGCUGUUUUGGAUGACAUUAAGCCCCCUCAAGGCAUUGUUCUGCCACCAAAAGAAUUCCGAACCGUCCUCGAGAAGACUGCCGGUUUCGUUGCCCGCAACGGUAUCACAUUUGAAGAUCGCGUUCGAGAGAAAGAAAAACACAAUCCUAAAUUUAGUUUCCUUAGCAAUGCCGACCCCUACAAUCCUUAUUACCUAUGGCGACUGAGCGAAAUCAAAGAAGGUCGCGGCACGGCUGUCGCCGCAGGACGAGUAGGCGAGGCUGCUGUUGUUGUUGAGGAGAAACCUGAAGGCCCCCCUAAGCCUCCGGACUUCCAAUUCUCCGCGCGUAUGCCCAACAUUAGCGCCCAGGAUCUUGAGGUUGUGAAACUGACCGCUCUGUUUGUUGCAAAGAAUGGCAGGCAGUUCAUGACCGCUUUAUCCCAACGCGAGGCUGGGAAUUACCAGUUUGAUUUCCUCAGACCAAACCACAGUCUUCACAAUUUCUUCCAGCAUCUCAUCGAUCAAUACUCCAUGCUUAUAAAAGCUGGUGGUAUCGGUGGCGAAGGAGGUAAAGUCCAGCAAGAGCGAGUCGCCGAGCUUCAGCAUAACGUCGAGGACAAGUUCCAUAUUUUAAGCCGUGCUAAACAAAGGGCUGAAUGGUUACAGCAUCAAGAGGACGAGAAGCAGAAGAAAGAGGAGGAGGAAGAGAAGGAACGAUUGACAUAUGCGCAGAUCGACUGGCACGAUUUUGUGGUUGUCGAGACCGUCGUCUUUACCGAGGCCGAUGACCAAGCGAACCUUCCUCCACCAACAUCUCUUUCUGAGUUACAAUAUGCUUCUCUUGAACAGAAGGCUAAGAUUUCCGUCAGUGCUAACCUACGUAUUGAGGAAGCCAUGCCUACGGAUGACGACAAUGCCUAUAAUGGGUACGGAGCACCCAAUUACAACCUUCCUCACCAUCCUGCGCAGGCAGCCCAUCCAUCCACCUCGACGCCUCCUCAAGCUGCAUACCAGAUGGCACCUCCGCCACGCCCCAACGGCGCCCAAGAAGACGAAGAGACCCAACGAAUACGGGAGAGAGAAGAAGCUCGGUUACGUAUGCAGCACGCUCAAGCCGAGGCCAAGGGUGGUGCCGCUCCGAUGAAGAUCAAAGAAAACUACGUACCCCGUGCUGCUGCACGAGCGGCUAACCGACAAGGAACUCAAAUGGCCCUAUGCCCUAAUUGUCAUCAGCAGAUUCCAAUGAACGAAUUAGAAGCGCACAUGAGGAUCGAGUUACUGGACCCACAAUGGAAGGAGCAAAAAGCGAAGGCAGAAUCGCGAUAUGCGACUACGAAUUUGUCGCAUGCUGACGUUGCCAACAAUCUAAAACGAUUCGCAAGCCAGCGAGGCGACUUAUUCGACGGCGUCACUGGACAGCCCAUCUCAGAAGAAGAAAUGGCAAGAAGGAAACGAGCCGCAUUAAACAGCUUUGAUGGCAAUCCUGAAGGCAGGAACCAAGCACACAUAAACCAUAUGCAGAAUGUGAACGUCGACGAACAGAUUGCCCGAAUCCAUCAAAGAUUCGCGAAGGACAAAUAAGACUACUAGGACUUGGUGACAAGGGCGGUUUCACCGCUCAACACUCAUUACACUGAAGAAGUAAUCCAUGGCUAAGCGAUCGUGAAGGGAGGAUUUUAUGGACGAGCCACAUAUCGCCGUUGUGAAUCUUUACUGAGCUUACCAGGCUCUCUUGGGCCUGGAGAAGGGUUAGGAAAAUGGGAUCAACCAAAGGCUGAACAGGUAAACAAAACCCAAUAAAAAUAGUUCUUAUCUGUAUUCACCUGCUCAUACUUUAAUACAGCUCUGUGUUUCCGGAUCCC